GUUUCGGCUAUGGCGUUUAGGAGCAUUGGGGCCGGUGGUAGGGCAGAGGAUGGGGGCGAGGAUAGCCGUGGUGGAGGCGCCGGCUCUGGCAAGCUCAGUUUCUACGAGGCGGCGCCCGAUGAGGAGAUCUCGCUGGAAGAUUUUGAGGAGUACGCGCUGGAUCGGCUGCGAGUGCUGAAAGGAAUCGAGGAAGAGCGGUCGAGGGGGAAGAAGAUGGAGGAGAUGGAUCCGCUGGUGAGCGAUCUCUGGAGGAAACAUAUGGGGAGCGAUUCCAGCAAGAAGGACGUGAUUUCGCAUUUCAUCUUGCGCCUAGCUUAUUGUCGCACGUAUGGCAUUUUUUUUCGUUUUUCUUUGUUUUGGAUAUCCAGAUUGUUUAACUCUCGUGUCUUCAGCGAGGAUCUGCGCCGGUGGUUCCUUGGAAUCGAGUCUGUUUUGUUUCGUCAUCGUUUCCGAUGUGAAAUGCCGGCUGCACAGCAAAAACUUAUGGACGAUUGCAAUCUGCCUUACAAAGCAAUGACCAGUGCUGAAAUUGAGGCGGUGAAGGAAAAUUUAGAGAGUGUGGCGCGUUCGACAAAUCAGGUUUCGAACUCUAAAAUGUACUACAAGGUUCCGUUUGAAGACGUGCCAGAGCUUGUAAGCGGCCGUAAGGUUUAUCUUCGACGUGGUGAAGCUUUUGUUCCCAGAGAGCAACUAAGCUUUUUGGUUGUUGGCCAAUUUCGGUCUCGCUUGUCGAAAGCUCUCGUUCUAACUAACCGAAAGUGGAUUUCGUUCAUUGCUGGAGAAGAGAAAGAUCGACUGGCACCGAUGGUUGAGGCUUUGAGUACACGAUACCUAGGACCUGACUACACUCAGCCAAAAUCAUCGAAUGAGAUCUCUUUGCAAGAUCUUGAUCAACUGGCAAAGGCUUCAUUUCCACUGUGCAUGCGAAGUUUAUUCUUUCAGCUGCGUGAUGACCAUCAUUUGAGGCACGGCGGCCGGCAGCAACUUGGACUCUUCUUAAAGGGGAUCGGUCUAAAGCUGGAAGAUGCCUUGGCAUUCUGGAGAGCCGAGUUUUCUCGAAAGGUGGGUGUUGAAAAGUUUGACAAAGAGUACGCGUAUAACGUCCGUCACAACUAUGGAAAAGAAGGAAAGCGAACGGACUAUACACCUUAUUCAUGUGUGAAACUGAUCAUGUCAACUCCUGGCGUUGGAGAUCAUCACGGAUGUCCCUAUCGCCACUUCAGCGAGGACAAAUUGCGUGCUUCUCUAGGUGGUCUGGGAUUAAAUUCCAGGCAAGUAUCUUCCGCGCUUGAAAAGACCCGAAGCCAGCAUUACCAGCUGGCCUGUGCCGAAGUUUUCGAAGCCGUGCACGGGUGUUCUAGCGAUGGCAUCAACCAUCCAAAUCAAUACUUCGAGCAAAGCCGAGCUCUCUUGCAGCAGCCAAAGGAAGAACCAGCAUCAGGUGGCGAGAACAAUAAUAACGAUGCCAACGAAGAGAAAACAACGCUGAUGAUAUCGUAAUAAGCUUGCUAAUUCAAAGCCAUGGCAGAUAUAUUAUGGAGCAAAACAAUCACAUACAAUCAAUCUCCCAGGUAGAAAAAAAAUUGCAUUCUUCUUUUGCUCUA